UCUCUCUCUCUCUCCUCUCUCUCUCUCUCUCUCUCUCUCAAAACAAUUUGAGCCUACUGUAUACUGAUUGGUGCUCAAUCGCUUCCUUUGAUCUUUCCCCACUUGAAAGUUAUCGCCCGGGCUUGUUUAGGUUCUUUGUUCUCUGAUCUCGCACCUCUCUUCGCAUCUCUGCUCGUCGAAGGAAGGCAUCCUCUUUUCUUUUUUGCCUAUCAGAUUUCGAUGGAGAAAGGGCAAAGUCCGAGCAAAAUAAAAGGAAAAAGAAAAAGAGCACCAAAAAAUAGAGCACCGAGGGAGAAAAAUAGAAAGAAUGCUGACUUAGAGAGCAUUGAGGGAGCAUCUGCUCCUUUGUCCGUCCCUCCGACACUUGUAGGAGUCGGUAGUGAUCAACACGAUGUGUUCUUGAGCUUCAGAGGCUUAGACACCCGCAAAGGAUUCACCGAUCACCUUUACCACGGUCUGGUCAAUGCAGGGACUCCACCGAUUUCUGUGUUCAGGGACGAAAACAGCCUUGAAAUUGGUGAGGAUUUUGAUUCAAAGAUUCUCAAUGCCAUUGCGCAAUCUAAGAUUUCGAUCCUCAUCAUUUCCGAAAAUUAUGCUUCGAGCAAAUGGUGCCUCCAUGAGCUAGUUCAUAUCAUGAACUACAAGAAGAGCAUGUCGCACACGGUGAUGCCCAUUUUUUACAAAGUGAACCCAUCGGAUGUGCGGUAUGUAAAGGGAAAAUUUGGGGAAGCCUUCCAUUUGCAUGAGAAGCGUUUUGAUAAGAAGGAUAUCCAAGAAUAUAAACAAGCCCUUACAGAAGUGAGUCACUUAAAUGGAUGGGAAUCUGAGAAAUUUGCUAACGGGCGUGAAGGAGAAUUAGUGGAAGAAGUUAUUAAAACUAUUUUGAGCAAGUUGAGACAUAAUUUUCAGCUUGAUGUUCCUGAGCUAGUUGGGGUUGACGAUCAUGUGAACAAAAUUAUGAAGUGGGUAGGCACUCCUCCCAAUCAUGCUCAGAUGAUUGGAAUAUACGGCAUGGGUGGGAUCGGUAAAACGACUCUUGCCAAGGUUAUCUACAAUGAGUUGUUGAAUGAGUUUACUCAUCGUAGCUUUCUUCCAAACAUUCGAGAUACAGCUCACUGCAAUGGUAUUCCCUAUCUACAAAGUCUACUAAUUAAUCAAAUACAGCCAAAAGAAGAUCAAGUUCGUAUAGUUGAUGAUGGAAUUAGUGUGAUCAAAUCUAGAUUAAAAGGAAAAAAGGUUCUCAUCCUUCUAGAUGAUAUUGAUCACCAAGAUCAACUAAAUGCUCUAGCUAGAGAACGUGAUUGGUUUAAGACAGGAAGUAUCAUCAUUGUUACAACUAGAUAUAAAGCUGUUCUUGAUCAAUCUAAAUUCCAAGUAGACUAUAAGUGUAAAUUGGAUGAAUUAGAUGAGGUGCAUUCUUUGAUUUUAUUUAAAAGACAUGCAUUUCGCAUGGGCCAUUGUUCGGAGGAUUUUGAGCCUAUCUCUCAUGAUAUUUUAUCCACCAUGGGUGGGCUUCCCCUAGCAAUCAAGGUCAUAGGUUCCUACUUGUAUGGAAAAACUGAUAUGAAAGUUUGGCAAGAUAUGUUGAAGAAAUUAAGAAACCAGCCAGAUAAAGAUGUCCAAAAAAUAUUGAAAAUAAGUUAUGAUGCAUUGGAACCUGGACAUCAGGAGAUUUUUCUCGAUAUUGCUUGCUUCUUUAUUGACAAAGAUAGCAAAUAUGCCAUGUACAUGUGGGAGGAUUGUAAGUUUUAUCCCAAUCAAGGAAUUGAAGAGUUGAAACUAAGGUGCUUGAUGAAAAUUGAAGCUAAUGGUAAAUUUGGGAUGCAUGAUCAAUUGAGAGAUCUUGGAAGGAGCAUUGUUUGCCAAGGUCAAUCGCUUGAGAGACAUAGUAGAUUAUGGGAAAGUAAUGAAGCCUUCAAAGUACUAAUGGAAGAAAAGGGAACUAAAGAGAUCCAUGCGAUGCGUCUACAACCCCCACCUCCCAUGUUCAAUGGCUAUACGUACACAAAUAAACAAUUUAAUAACUUACGGAACUUAAGGUACCUCACACUUUGCAACGCAGCUUUAAGUGGAGACUUUAACAAUUUGUUUUCCGAGUUAAGAUGGUUUGUCUGGAGCCAUCGACCUACACUCGAGCCGUCAUUUCCGACAUUCAAUUUGCGUCUACCAAAAUUAGUGGUGAUGAAGUUGUACUGUAGCCCUCUCACAGAGGAUUGGAGAGGAUGGAGUUCAAUCAUGAUGGCAAAGCGGCUGAAAGUCCUCGACCUUAGAUAUUGCAACUUAAGAUGUACUCCUGACCUCUCGGCUUUCAUAGAGUUGGAGAUUCUCGUAUUGAGUGAGUGUUUGAAAUUGAAGCAAAUCCACCCUUCUAUUGGCAAACUCAAGGCCCUCAUUUCCUUGGAAUUGCAAGGCUGUAGUCUCGAGGAGCUACCAAAAGAAGUGGGUGAAUUAGGAAAAUUAAAAGAACUACAUUUAGAAUCUUUAAAUGUUAUUACAGAGAUUCCUACGUCAAUCGGCUCUAUGAGGAAUUUGGAGAAAUUGAAGGUCGAAGGGUGUGUGUCAUUGAACGGAAUUCCGAGCUCAUUUGAGAAUUUACAAAAUUUGCAACAUCUACACAUUUGGGAUUCUCCUGCUAAAAUAUUUCCUAGUGUUAUUGGAAGGUUGAAAAAACUGCAGAGCCUUGAUCUUCAAUGCUGCAAUGGGGAAAUUCCACUUGAAAUUGGUGAGUUGCCUUCUCUCCGAUCCCUUAGGCUAAGUGGUUCUCCAAUGAUCAUGGGGAGGCCGAUAGUGCUUCCUUCUGGCUUGACAAGUCCCAGUUUGCCGUGGCUUUCUUGCCUAAUCCACCUAAAAGAACUUUAUCUUUCUGACUUCGAAAACCUUGAAUACAUUCCGAAGCUCCCCUCAAGCCUCUCGAGACUUGUUGUGCACUCUUGUCCCAAGGUGAUAUUGCCUAAGCUCGUGGAAUUGAAGUACUUGGUAGAGUUGUCAAUACAACGCUGUAAUUCCAUUGAAAGAUUGGACCUUGCACAAUUAAAUCUUCUUGAACGAUUACAACUUGAAUAUUGUUAUAAGCUCGUUGAAAUUCAGGGCCAUGAUGAUUGGGAGUCCUUGAAGGAGAUGGUUAUAGAUCAAUGUGGAUCCAUUCAAAAGCUAUUCCUUCCAAAGUGGUUGAAGGAAUUAAAGGUUAAAUUCUGUAAUAAUCUAAUUGAAAUAAAGGUCCCCAAUGAUUCAAAGUCCUUGGAGGAGAUAUAUAUAAGUCACUGCACGUCCAUUCAAAUGUUGACCCUUCCAAAAUUACAACGUUUGAAGCGAUUAAAGGCUAAACGUUGUGACAAUUUAGUUGAAAUUCGAAAUCUUGAUCAGGCGGAGUUCUUACAGGUGUUAAGUAUUUGUGCAUGUAAGUCUAUUGAAAGAUUACCUGAUCUACCAUGCACCUUGAAAGAGUUGAAGAUCAAUUGGUGUACCUAUUUACGUGAGGUUGAGAGCCUUGAGAGAUUCUUGUCUUGCCGAUUUAUAUACAUUAUAGGUUGCAGCAACCUAGAAAAACUACCAAACCUAUCGAAAUUUGAAAAUUUAGAGGAUUUCACGAUCGUUGAUUCUCUUCGACUUGUAGAGAUUCCUGGGAUUGGAGGAUCAAAAUCUUUAAGAGAAAUAUCUAUCGUUGGUUGUGAAUCAUUGGAGAUUUUGCCAGAUUUAUCGGGAUGUGAGAAAUUACAAUGUCUAGAUAUAGCAAGGUGCGAGAAACUUACUCGGCUUCAGGGACUUGAAAAGUUGGAUUUAGCUGAGUUGAGAAUUUAUGGGUGCGGCUCGUUGGAAAUACCGGAAUUGCCUCAAACACGCGUCAAGAAAUAUGAUUCUGGUGGUGGAGACGGGUACGAGGUGGGGCGGAACAAAAUCAGAUUGCAGUGAUAAUGAUGUGAUUGAAUUUUAUACCAUAUUACAACGGCGAGGCUGGUCAUGUUUCCUUAACAGAGAGCUCGGGUUUCGGCAUGGAGGGGACACCAAACCCGCGCAGAGCUCGCGGAUCCGUCGAUCGGCAUCCCGGAGGAGUCACGGCACACCCACGACGCAGCGCCGGCAGCUUCUCUUUCCAGAAAUCCUGACUUGUACCCGCGAAUCUGACCGGAUUUCUUGAGCCCAUGCGCAGAGGAGGAACAGGUGCCCAACGGUUUCUUGGUUCUGCUGGCAAAGAGGGCAAACCGGGUCAGGUUCGUCCUAGAUGAUCUAUCUGGAUCUAGAUAAGGUAUCUGCUGGUGGUGAACAUGAAUUAUUUUCCUUAUAGAUAAGGACCACUAGAGUCUAUCUGUGGAGCCAAUAUUCUUUUUGUCGGUCAUUGUUGUGGCAAUGACAAUCAAUUCUCAUGAAUAGUGUUGGUGGUGAAAGAUGAUGGAAGUAGGUGCAGAAUUUGCCAUAAUUUAGAAGUCUUAACGUUCAUCAGAGACUUCAAGAUAUAUGGUUUCGCUGAGCUUGAAAAUUGGUAAACUCCAGAUGAAGCUCAGCUAGGGAUCAAUUUUACUAGCUGAGCUUAAAAUGCUCAAAGUCAGAAGAAUUCUCUCGGCUAAAGCCAUUCUUUAAUCUGCACAUUCUUUGCUAUUGCUAAGGACUUCAUUUAUUUUUGGAGGACCUACUAUAGCAGCGGAUGACACACUUAUAUCAUCACCGGAGGUCGGCCAGACUUGCUGCAUUAAAUUCGUUAUUUAGGAGUGCUGCGGCCUGACAUUGCUCCUCUCCCUCACCAUGCCUCAAGCCCACGACCUUGAGAUUUGAUUCUCUUUCAAGAUCAACCACAAAGGCCAGCAAGAAGGCUGGCACUGCAGACAAACAUUACCCUGCACCCGCAAUGGUGUGGGUCAUCAUUGCAGUUCAUUGAUAUAAGUUUUUGGUUCAUCUGCGCCAAGCAUUGACGGGAGCAGUUCAAGCCGCACACAAGCCUCUGCAAUCUAGGCUAUAGGAGACUCUUUAAAUAUCUCAAUUCGUUUUCAGCAGUUGUAAAGUGCACUCACUUAUUAUAUCUGUGCACGUUGAUGUGAGGAAUUUGCCUAUUUUUUCCUACUCUUGUUGAUUUGAGAUACUAAUGACUAUACCAUGGAACUUAUUUCAAAUUUCUGCGUUAUGCCAAUUUAAUCAGUCUUAUUCCUUUA